UUGUAGCUAGUAAGGCUAUACUAUGGUGAUAUUAUGGGAAGAUAUAACCGUCCAGCACCGUUUUUUGGAAGACAAGAAGAAGUUGCUUAGUGGAAUCACUGGUUUUGCUGAAGCUGGUAGGAUCAUGGCUGUCAUGGGUCCUUCUGGCUCUGGCAAAACCACCCUCCUCGACUCAUUGGCUGGAAGACUUCCUGUAAAUGUUGUUGUAACCGGGAACAUUCUAAUCAACGGGAAGAGAAGCUUAUAUUCCAAGGAAGUGUCCUACGUUGCACAAGAGGAACUUUUCUUGGGUACUUUGACUGUAAAAGAGACCCUAACUUACUCAGCAAACACGAGGCUUCCUUCUAAAAUGAGCAAAGAAGAGAUAAACAAAGUGGUGGAAGAAACAAUAAUGGAAAUGGGUCUGGAAGAUUGUGCAGAUACUAGGAUUGGAAAUUGGCAUUGUAGGGGUAUUAGUAAUGGUGAAAAGAAGAGACUUAGCAUUGGCCUUGAGAUUCUGACACAACCCCAUGUCUUACUUCUUGAUGAACCUACUACUGGACUUGAUAGUGCCUCAGCUUUCUAUGUCAUUCAAUCUCUAUGCCACAUUGCUCUCAAUGGAAAGAUAGUUAUCUGCUCCAUUCACCAACCCAGUAGUGAAACUUUUGAUCUAUUUGAUGAUUUGCUUUUGCUCUCAAUUGGGGAAACUGUUUAUUUUGGAGAAGCCAACAUGGCUCUAAAGUUUUUUGCUGAUGCAGGGUUACCCUGCCCUUCUAGAAGAAAUCCUUCAGAUCAUUUCCUUCUGUGUAUCAAUUUGGACUUUGACCUGCUUACUUCAACUCUAGCAAGAUCACAGUUAGAUUUGCCAUCUUCAUCAAAUUCAGCACUGGGAACAAAAAAAGCCGAGAUUAGAGAGACACUCAUUCGAAGUUAUAAAGGUUCAGGGAUAAUGAUCAAUGCGAGAAGAAGAAUUCAACAACUGAAACCUAAUGAGGAGCAAAAAAUUAAGCCCAACAUAGGUAGCAGUGCCACAUGGUGGAAGCAAUUGUGCACAUUGACCAAGCGAUCUUUCGUAAACAUGACUAGGGAUAUUGGUUACUACUGGCUGAGGAUGGUAUUCUACAUAUUGAUAGGAAUCACUGUUGGCACCCUCUAUUUUCAUAUUGGCACAGCCAACAACUCAAUAUUGGAUAGAGGAAAGUGUGUAUCUUUCAUCUAUGGGUUCAAUAUUUGUUUGUCAUGUGGAGGAUUACCAUUUUUCAUUGAAGAAUUGAAGGUGUUCUAUGGUGAAAGGUCCAAAGGGCAUUAUGGAGAGGCUGCAUUUGUAGUUUCAAACAUCAUAUCAUCAUUCCCUUUCCUUGUUCUAACAUCUCUCUCGUCUGGAAUAAUCAUUUACUUCAUGGUGCAACUUCAUCCGGGUUUAACUAAUUUUGCAUUUUUCUGUAUCGACUUAUUCUGCUGCAUAUCCGUUGUUGAGUGCUGCAUGAUGAUUGUAGCCUCAGUGGUCCCCAAUGUGCUGAUGGGCUUAGGAACAGGAACUGGUGUAAUUGUUUUCAUGAUGAUGCCCUCUCUAUUAUUCAGACCACUGCAAGACAUUCCAAAGUUCUUUUGGCGCUACCCCAUGUCAUACCUCAGUUUUACUACAUGGGCAGUGCAGGGACAGUACAAGAAUGACAUGCUGGGGCUUGAAUUUGAUCCUCUGCUACCUGGGAACCCAAAACUCACUGGGGAGCAAGUCCUAACAUUGUUAUUUGGUGUCCCGUUGAAUCAUGGCAAAUGGUGGGACUUAACAGCAUUGAUUAUUUUGUUAAUAGUUCACAGAUUGCUUCUUUUCUUGGCGCUUCGGUAUAGCAAAAGAUCAUCGACAUCACCCAUGUUGUGGUUUCAUAGAUGCCGGGGAAAGUCUACAAUUUGCAGAAAGAUGUCUAUUUAGUGUUAAAUUUCUCAAUAAACUACUGAUAGAAGAAAAAAAACAAAUCAAAUUUCUCUCAUAAGGUAAAAUUAAUUUAU